ACUGGAGACAGUUCCUUAGUAAUUAAAGAGACUGGAGACAGUUCCUUAGUAAUUAAAGAGACUGGAGACAGUUACCUAGUAAUUAAAGUGACUGGAGACAGUUCCUUAGUAAUUAAAGAGACUGAAGACAUAGAGUUAUUAAACCAAGAAAAGCGAUUUUUUAUGGUGGAAGUAAUGCCCAUCUUUUGGUGGUAUGAUCUUUCUUUGAUCUCCGAUGAUUUUGUACGUGGAAAGUGGUCAGGUGUAAAAGGAAAUUAUCAAGACCUAAUCAUAGAUUCAGUUGGCGACUUCGAAAUAGAUGAAUUUGAAGUAUUUCAAAUUCGAAUAAAUAAAUUUCAGAACGUGACAAACUAG